AUGACCAAGGACAAUUCAUCAAUGGCACCUCUUGAGCACGUUGGCAAGCCGAUGUUGCUACGAACGCGUACUAGUGGUGGUAACGUGUCGGGGGUCGGGGCGAGCAUCCAAUACUGGGAAUUUACAAUCGAAAUGCUGCUGGACUCGCAUCGCGAUUAUGCCCCAGGAUUCCAGUCAGCGCUCGUUCCUGAAAAGUGUAACCGACGCCUUUAUCCUUUGGUCACAGCCACUGAUACAACCAGCAUCGCCGCGUCUCAAAAGUUCUCUUCCUCACCAUCAAUCUCUACUCUCAUGAGGGUCGUCAUCAAUCCUCUCGGACGCGGCCAAGCGUGCUAUGCAUGUCGCAAACACAAAAUAAGGUGUAAUGCUGUCAAGCCGGUUUGCAGUAGCUGCGAGCGGGUAGGGCGCGAGUGCCGGUAUUCGGAGAGCAAAUCCCAAAAAUUAGAAGAUAGGCUCAACGACCUCGAGCAACGUCUUCACCAAGUGCAAUUCCACGCUCAACUGGCAUCAAGUUCGAGCACGGUCCCGGCAAGCAUGGAAAAUUCGCCUUCCAUUGUCGAGGACACUGGGCUAGCAGAGUCAGAUCCAUUGUUGCCCUAUUACCCCUCACCUCGCCUCACCUAUGAACCACCAGCGAUGAGGGCAGUGACUGCUAGCCCUGGGAAUCAGCCAACUUACUCGUCAGCGGUGCCGAAUUAUGCCAUGCUCAAUGGACUUCAAGCUUGGAAUCCUGAUGAGGAUGUCCCUCCGGGCCUUCGGCAGCAACUGCUCCAAGUACUCCUCCGUCACAGGUCGGAGUUCUUUUUCUUCAUGAAUACUCAACGGCUUGAAGAGAGAAUAAUUCUUCCUCCGGAUCACCCAGAUUCUCUACACCACUCCCUUCUGAAUGCCAUCUACCUCGCCGCAUGUUCGAUCUCACCUGAUUUUAAGCCCUUGGAGGACCUCUUUCUUCACCGCACCUUGGAAGCUAACCAUGCCUCUAUUGCAUUUGUUGACCGUCUUGAACACCAUCUAUGGGCUUGCGUCCUUACUAUAUGCGUUUACUCUCGAAAAAGCAAAAUAGUCUCAGCGCAUAACCUCUGCAGCAGUGAGCAUUGUCUCGGUGUCAUUAUGGCCACUGUCCACUUUGCAGUUGCGUGUGGACUCAAUAGUAUCAGCAAUCCGGGCCAUUACUUCAUGCAAAGUAGAGCUUUGGGUGGCCUUUUGGGUCCUGUGGAAGACGCCAUUCAUCUAGGGGAACGCAUUUCUCUCUGGUGGUCAAUUUAUGUACUAGACAGGCGGCUAAGCUUGGCGAUAGGGCUUCCGUAUGCGAUAUGGGAUCACGAUCGCCAAGGUAUCACAACGGUUUGGCCGAGAUCCCAGGACGAGAUCAUGGAGAAUCCUUCACUGGACGCGUGGACAACAGAUUCUGUUGCGGAGUUGUUUAUUCAUGGGACGGAAUCUACGAAUGUUGCGAACGAUUCCCAGCUCGCCCUCCACGCGAAAUCCAAUGCCCUGAUGGAGCAGUGUUUCUGUGUUCUACAAUUUAGUGAAACCCUCGAGCGUUUUAACGCAACUCUUCCACCUCUUUCGGAUCUCCGUGAGCUCCAACCUGGGGAGCUUGAUUCCAAGAAGACUGUUAAUACAUCUAUCGCGCGCGUCCGCGUUACCACCUAUACCUCCAUUAUCAUUCUAUAUCAGAUCGAGGCGGACAAGAACGAAGCGGCAUAUGAGCAAUGCAUUUUCUUUGCGAACAAGAUGGCCAUGGAGGCCGACCAAAUAGGCGACAAGUCGAAACUGUACUCUCAUGCAUGUCUCGCUGAACGAUCCUCCACAGAAUGCACAUCAAAUGCAACGCUUGCAUCAGGCCCAUCAAAACCUCUCUAUCAUUUGUAA